AUAGAGUUAUGUACUCUUCGUAAAAUAUUUGCAAUGUUUUUUUGGCAUUUGUGUUUUUUCACAUUGACUUUGGUAUUUGCGUUCACCAAAGCCGAGGCAAUCGAUGAAAAUGAAAUAGAACGUUUUUGCUAUCCAGAGCAGCACAAAAACACCCGGCAAUCGUGUGAGUGUAACAAUGAAAAUGCACCGCCAUGGGGCAUACGCGCCAUAAACAUCGAUUGCAGCUACAAGAACCUGAGAACUGCGGACUUCUCUGAGGCGUUGCCGCUCUAUGUGAACACCUUAGACUUGUCUUGGAACUCAAUAGAUCUGGUGCCGACGCUGGCUAGUGAUAGUCUACGGGUGUUGAAUAUUAUGCACAACAACAUCACCACUGUAACCAACAAAAAGUUUGUGAAGGUCACGAAUCUACGCGAGCUCUACUUGAACUGGAACAGCAUUCAGUCCAUCGAGUUGAACGCUUUCGACGAGCUGGCUCAUUUGCAUGUGUUGGACUUGUCGCAUAACAACUUACAUGCUUUAGCUCUACAGCUAUUCCGACCGUUACUGGUGCUAGAUACAUUGAAUCUAUCGUGGAACCGACACCUUAAUCAGACGGAGGGCAUACAAGAGCGGGAUUUUUAUCGCACUUUCGGUGUGAACUCCAAAUUACGCAUAUUGCGUUUGCAAGCAUGCAGUCUAACCGAUCUGCUGUUGCCCGAGAAGGUGCCAUUGGCUGAGUUGGAUUUACGGUCCAAUAGGCUGGAAAAAAUGCCAACGCAACUGCCAAGCACUUUGGUGAAACUUGAUAUCAGUGGCAAUCUAUUCCACACCUUUUCGGCGGAUAUCACAGCUAAUCUGUCUGCCUCGUUGAGUGAAUUAUAUGUGGAAGACAUGCCACGUCUGCACUUUGUCGAAGACAAUGCAUUUCUUCCACUGACUGGCUUACAAAAGGUUAGUUUUCAGAAUAGCCGUCGGCUGACGGAGUUUAGUGGUAGAGCGUUUGGUGAUGAGGCUAGCCGCUUUCCAGAGCUACGCACUCUCAUUUUUAGAGGCACUUCAGUGGGUUUUUUUAAUGCUACUUUGGCGCCUAUAUUCAAACAACUUACCGAAUUGGAUCUUAACGGUAUGCCGUUGGUCUGUGACUGCGAGUUAGUAUGGAUGAAAGGGCUGAUAGUGGAAACGAAUGGUCGCUGUUUUAAUCCAUCGCGUUUGAGAGGAGAAAGCCUCACGACAGCUGAGAAGUCCGAUUUCAGCUGUGCGCAUUGGCCCCACUGGGUGGGUGGGCUAUUUAUUUUCGGCCUCAUACUGCUUUGCGCCGCGGGCAUUUACGCAAUAGUGAUGUGCUUAAGACCUAACAGAGGUGGCGUAACUCUGCGCCGCAAGGUGGGGUCAGGUAGUCCGUAUGCUAGAGUUACCAUUGAACCAAACAGACAGGAAAACUAUUAUUGAUUUCCAUGAUUUUUAAUUAAGGUAAAAACAUGUGAACAUGUGCAUAUAUAUGUAUGUAUGUAGUAAUAGCGACUCCGUAUUGUAUGGAAAUUCAAUAGUAUAAAAUAUAAUAAAAUCGUGUUAAUAGGUAUCGAUAUACAUAUUUACAGCAAGAAUAUGUAUGUAGUUUUGUAAAAUAAAACUGUGCUUAUGUGCUAAUAGGAAUUAGUUCUUUUUCUAAAUGCACCACAUUCCAGUUUAUAGUAACUGAUACCAAAAUCUUAUCUUUGGCAUAAAGCAAAGGUUGUUCUUUGUGUAUAUUUUUUAUUUGUAUUGAUAUGUAGAUAUGCACCAUAUGACAAAUGUGUUUAUAUAUAUACAAAUAUAGCUUUUAAGUUGUUUGGGAUUUUAGUAAAUGUGCCCAUCUUAUAACUAUUUUUAUAAGGAAAUGAAUGUUUCCGCUAGAUUAACUACUUCGCGCCUUAUAUCUAGUUACCUGUGAAAACUAUGUGGCCAAUGAGUUAUAAACAAAGAAAAAAACUUAAAUUCCUUUUUUAAAUUGUAAUGAAAACCAAAGUUGUGUAUACAAAUUAAUAAAAUGUAUUUUUUUUUAUUAUAGAA